ACUGUCCCGAAGGCCCCGCCCCCCCGACUCAACUGACCGUGCAGGAGCAACUUAUGCGUGGGAACAAAACUUCGUACAUUUCGCUGAAUUAAUAAGAUUUAUAUGACAUAACGUAUUAUAAACACAUCUCAUUUUCACUUACAGCGUAUUAAUGCGCACACAAUGUCACGAGAGGAGGACCUGUUGCGGAUUGCUAAAAAACUAGACAAGAUGGUGUCUAGAAAUAACAUGGAUGGAGCUCUAGAUCUUCUGAGAGAAUUGAAAAAUUUCAACAUGACACUGAAGCUUCUUCAGGAUACAAGAAUCGGCAUGUCUGUGAACGGAAUAAGGAAACAUUGCACAGAUGAGGAUGUUGUCAACUUGGCAAAGAUUCUUAUCAAAAACUGGAAGAAGCUUUUAGAAUCAGCUGACAAAAAUCAAAAGUCUGAGAGGACAAAUGAGGUGAAGAAUGGCGAUCAUCCAAGCAAGGCAUCAGGGUCACCCAACAGGACUUCUCCUGAGAGAGAGUCCAGGAAAGAUGCUCCCGUUGAUUUUUUCCCUCCUGCUUCAAUCAUUUCUCACCCUCCUCUAAGACGCUCAUCAGUAGAUGUAAAGAAAGAGAGAAAGGACUCCACAGAUUCCAAAAAGCUCCCUCCUAGAAAGCCGAGCAUGGAAGGACGGAGAGACAGUAAGGACUCUACCGACUCCAAGUCAAGCCAUCACCUUUUGAAACGACAAUUGAGUGAAACUAAAUUGGAGAGGAGAGAUUCUACUAACUCAAGGUCUGGCAACUCACCCCAGGCCAAGAAAUCUAGUGAAAGCAAGAGUAAACCAGAGACCCCCAAAACACCCACAACACCCACAAGCCCCCUCUCUCCGUCGCUUAGCUCCAGUGUGGGUCCGUUAUCUCCUCGUCUGCAAACCGGGGAUUCCAUCAGGGACAAAUGCAUUGAAAUGCUGACCGCCGCACUACGUACAGAUGAUGACUACAAAGACUAUGGGACAAACUGUGAGGGCAUGGCAGCUGAAAUCGAGGAUUAUAUCUACCAGGAGAUAAGAGCCACAGACAUGAAAUACAAGAACAGAGUCCGCAGCCGCAUAAGUAACCUGAAGGAUCCCAAAAAUCCCAAUCUCCGUAAAAAUGUCUUAGCUGGAGCCAUCGAGUUGAGCCGCAUGGCCACCAUGACUGCUGAGGAAAUGGCUAGUGAUGAACUGAAACAGUUGAGGAACGUGUUGACCCAGGAGGCCAUCCGAGAACAUCAGAUGGCAAAGACUGGAGGAACCUCAACUGACAUGCUGCAGUGUGGCAAGUGCAGGAAGAAAAACUGCACCUACAACCAGGUGCAAACUCGGAGUGCUGAUGAACCAAUGACCACCUUUGUGCUGUGCAAUGAAUGUGGUAAUCGCUGGAAGUUCUGCUAACUUGAAACCAGGAGUCCAACAACAUUGACCAUGUAGCAGUGGCGAGGCCAGAAAUUUAAAAGUGAGCGGACCUUGGUGAAAUAGGGUGGACCAAUCCCUACUCUCAAUUUAAAAAAUAGUUUGACAAUCAAGUUUAGUUAAAUGUGAUAUAUUUUCAGCCAACAGUUUCAUGAAAACAACAAAAUCAUAACAUAAAUAAAAUAUCCAGUGGAACAGGAUAGGAACAGUAAACGGAGAUAAAUAAUCAUAGACAGAGUGUGUGUAAGGCUGAGCAAGGCUUACCCUUCCCCUGGCCGAGGGAAUUUUCUCACUCAAACCACUGACUUCUGCUGCUUCUCAUUGCUUUUAGAGGGAAAAGCUGCCAAUAACUGCUGGUCUACGAUCGGUUUUCUCUGUAAUAAUAGCAUAUUGGUGAUUUGGCAAACGAUACAGUGCGUAUCUGUGUUUGUGCUCUGGAGAGUGUCAAAGGUCUCUAUUUACAAUGUUUUUUUUUACAUCAUUGAGUAAUGCAACCAAUCACAGACAUAUCUGUUGAUUUCUUGAACGCAAUGGCCAAUCAGAGGUGUUUAAAUUAGAGUCCACUAACCCUGGCCCUUAUGUAGCCUCGCCACUGUCAUGUAGGAUUCCUCAUCUUUUUUUAAUUUGGAAGAGAAAGUAAUAUAAUGGGUUAUUCUACCAGCAAAUGGUCCUGAAUUUAUAAUAUGUAAAUUAAUUCUUUAACUUUUACAGAAGCACACAGAGCAAAGAGUGUGUUCUGUAUGUUCAUAAUUAAAGUGAACAUUAAUGACUUGGGAGAUGUAAAUCAGAUCAAAUUCUACGCUUUUAUACUGUUUUAUGAAAUGCCAGUGUUAUUAUUAUUUUUUUUUGUACUUGAUUAAUUGGUUUAUUACACAGAAUCCUAUUGGGGUCAGACUUUAAAAAAGAAUGUGUUAACAAAUUUAACAUUUAAUUAAUGAAGAGAAUCCUAAUCUAUCUCAGAUGUAGCAGCUAUACAGUACAAAACAAAAAAAUGCUUUUUAAAUGGAUCUAAACAUUUUGUU